AUCUCUGUCGGGUUGACGUAUAUAUGAGGUCGGGGUGUACACGGCACCAUACACUUCGGACACAGAGAGAAGUCGACUGUCCUUCAGCAGCUAUGCAUCUCCACCUACCCGCAACAUUAGCUGUGCUCUGCUGUGUCUCUGUCGCCACAGGAUAUGACCUAUUUGUUGACCUGACGUCAGGAACGACCAUCAACACCAGCAGCUCUCUGUCCUGGAAGACAACACUAUAUGGAACAGGCACGUGCGGGAAGAGGGGCGUUCUCAAGCUGAGCUUUGGGGCCCCUGGGUCUAAAAGCAGGAAGAACAAAGUUCUGAUUGACAUGUGGUUUAGCAACCCAUCAGGCUGGGUGUUCAACAUCGGCGACUCACCAACCAACAAUGGAUACGGUGGUGAUAGUCGUUCCACAUCUCGAGACGCCGAAAUACAAGGAACAAGUUCAACAUUUCGUAUCUAUGGUAACGAUAUGAACUCGCCAAAAGGAGGGAUUCUCUUGACCCGGCCCAACAUCAUCUACAACCGUCUCAGCGUCAUCAUCGCCGACGGCCUCGUCAUCUGGAACAAUUGGGGAGCAGAGUUCAACUAUUUCCUCAACACAAACUUACUUUUUGCCUUGAACGGACAGUCGGACUCCGAGGGCGGCUCCCCCAACUACGACAUCUACUUCGGCAUCAACCGCAGCAUCGGUUCCGGUGGUCGUGCCGGGAAAGGUCUUUGUGCUGCCUAUGUUAAGUGGCUCAGUUAAAGAACCCGGAGAGCGUGAGUUCCACCACAGUCAAUUUGGCAUAGGUCCUCAUGUGUUCAACACUGAUUUCAUUCAUAGAUCAAUUGUCCGACUGUUCCAAUGACCGCACUAUCCUCGAAAAGCAAAAGUGUGCGGACUUUCAAAUAUUUUGUUGACAUAUUCUUUAGUUUUGUUAAGCUAUUGUUAACUUUUAUACUGAAAUAAAC